CUUGAAUGGGAAAAAAUCAGACAGCUAGUCAGUAACAAUCGAAAACCGGCUCUGGUCAGUCUGUCGGCACUUCUAAAAGGUUGCAUUACUAGACAGCUAACAUGAAUGUGAGAAUAUUAUGGGUUCUGUGCAUCGCCGAAUAAUUUAGGUCGGGGAAGAAAGUGAUUUUAUGAACAGGUUAAUCCAUUUAGAGCUCUCUAUUCAGAGGGACCGUUCAUAAGGAAAAUGGUUCAAGAAUGGCUGAAGAUUUCGCUGCUGCUGUGUACGUUUGGAUUUUUCCGGGAAAUGCGGCCCUCGGAACCGUUUGUUUCGGAGUUCCUGUCCGGUGAAUGGCGUGACAUCGAACCGGAACAGCUGUAUCGGGAUGUGUACCCAAUCGGAACCUACACCCAUCUGGCGGUGUUGAUUGUGAUUUUUCUGGUGACAGAUAUACUGAGAUACAAAUCGAUAAUUAUUUUUUCCGCCUGCGUUGGCAUCACAAUCUGGUCUCUGCUGCUGUGGACUACCUCACUGGGGGCUUUGCAGGCGGUCCAGGCCCUUUAUGGCACGUACAUGGCCACCGAGGUCGCUUACUACACGUACAUCUAUGCCAAAAUUAACCGGGACAAGUACCAACAGGUCACGGGAAACACGCGGGCGGCCAUCUUGAGCGGGCGCUUCCUUGCCAGCGUCAUCGGCCAAGCGUUGGUCUCGACCCAGGCCAUGGAUCUGAGGCAGCUCAACUACAUCACCGUUGGCGCGCAGAUAUUUUCUUUGUUGUGGUCCUUCAUCCUGCCACCGGUCCGGAGCAGCGUUUAUUUUCACGGUGCCGCCAAGAAGGAGGAGGACGAUGCCCCUCGAGGGGAGGACCUCCGGGACCGGUCAUCAGGAAGCCACUCGGAAGAAAUCGGCAACGGAAAUGGGCUGAAGAGGAUUGGCCUGGAGGCAGCAAAAGAAGAGCGAAGACUGGCUGCUGCUUCUGCCGACGGGAAGGACGUUUAUCAAAUUGAAGCCUUGCCGCAGCAGCACGUCACCGGCAAAACCUCAUCGGCAACACCAACAUCCGCAAUUAAUCCCACCGCAUCAAACCCGGCAUUAAACCCACCGGCAUCAGCAGCAUUGGCAGCGGUCUCUGCCCCAAAGGACGAAGAUGAGUAUCCGGACGGGCAGCAAACAUCAAAGCAGGAAGUUCACUUUUCGUGCCACCGAGCCGGUCGGCUGCUUUGGACACAUUUCAUCGCUGCUUACUCGAAUCUGACGGUGGUGCAGUGGAGUCUCUGGUGGUCCCUGGCCAUGGCCGGAUUCAUCCAGGUGCAGACCUACGUGCAGUUGCUGUGGCAGGUUAUCAACCAGGACCAUGACUAUCUGUACAACGGUGGGGCGGAGGCUCUGUUGACUCUUUUUGGGGCCAUCUCAGCCCUCCUGGCCGGGUACGUGGCCAAUCGGGUUUUCGAGCAGUGGGCCCUCUGGAUUCUCACCGGUUGUUCUGCGCUUCAGGGAGGUCUCAUUCUGUACUCCAGCUUUGCCACCAACAUCUGGGUGGCGUACGUUGUUUACAUUCUCUUCGGGGUGCUGUACAUGUUUAUGAUCACGAUGGCUAGCGCUUCGGUGGCCAAACACCUGGAGGAGGACAGCUUCGGAUUGAUUUUUGGAAUCAACACAUUCCUGGCACUGGCCUUCCAGACCAUUUUGACGGUGGUGGUCAUUUCGGAAUCGGGCCUAGCACUGGACAUGCGGGGUCAGUUCAAGGUGUACGGAGGAUAUUUUUUGGUACUGGCUGUGAUCUAUUUUGUUCCUGCUACGGUCAGUAGCGUUCAGUAUUGUAGGCGGAAAUCUAGAGUAGGAAGGGCAGAAAGCGAAGAGAGUGGGAAAAACGUCACGGAUAUGGAACGCAGUACUCGGUUUUGAAAUAAA